UGUUUCAAAACUGUUUCUUCAUAAAAACCAAUUGAAAUCUUUCCCAGAUGUUUCUUUCUUGGACAUUGCAAUUGAGGAAUUAUCUCUCCAUGAAAAUCCAUGGACAUGUGACUGCAAACUUGUUUCAUUUGGCACAUGGCUGAAGCUUCUAGCAUCGAGUGGUAGGCUUCUUGACAAGAAUGUGGAAUGCAAGGAUCAGCAGGGCUCUGUACUCGAUAUAGCAAACUUUAACUUGAUAUGCCAGCAAGAGAUCAUAAUUAUUGCCGCAGUGACCUCAUCGGUCAUUAUUUCUGCUAUAAUUUUGACCUUGUCUUGUAUAUGGAUUCGCCACAAAACUGCAGUGAAAGUGUUUCUCUAUACUCGCUUCAACUGGCAUCCAUUUGAUCGCUAUGAUGAAGAUGACCUUUGCAAAAAGUAUGAUGCAUUUGUGUGCUACUCCAGUAGAAACCCAGAUACCAUAAAAUGGAUGAGGGAGACUCUGUUAUAUUGUCUGGAGCAUAGUGACCCUCCAUACAUAACUUAUGUACAUCACAGAGAUUUUCCGAUAGGUAAUAUGAUCGCAGAUACAAUAGCAGAGACUAUUGAAAACAGCCGCCGCAUCAUUAUCUUACUGAAUAAUGACUUUGCUAAAAGUCCAUGGGGGAGAUUAGAAUUUCAACUCGCUCACAAGAAGGUUCUGGAAGAUCGGCGUAAUCGCCUUAUUGUCAUCAAGAUGGAGGAAAUCGAGGAUGCAGAACUUGAUGAAACUAUCAGACAUUUUAUGAAGACAAGAACAUAUUUGGAUGUUAAUGAUAAGAAAUUCUGGGACAAACUUUUCUAUGCUUUGCCUGAAAAACGAGCAAACAAAGAUAUGAAGGAAGAUGUCAAUGUCAUCCAAAAUGGUAAUAAUGUUUAACAUGUGAAUGUUGACAUAAAACCAGAUCAUGAUGUCAUUCAAAAUAUUCCGAAUCCUGGAAACUUUGAUAUUGUUGGCAAUCAAUUUCAUGAUAUCCAAUAUGAUGAACUGCCAGCUGAUUUUAAAAGAAUGCAAAACCAUAUACAAAAUAGAAAUGGAUUUUCAACAAAAUAUCAAUGCUCUUGGUUGGCUAUUA